GCUUUUGGAAGUCGGCGCGCACACAACACGAAGAAGACGAAACAGAAGUGGAAACAUGGAGCCGACGAAUAAGAAGAAGAAGUACUCUUGCAAAUUCCAAGAGCAUUGGAAAGAGCAAUUCCAGUUCAUCGGGGACAGCGCGAAGGGGAAGGGGUAUGCUACCUGCAAUUUUUGUAGAUCAGACAUCUCCAUCGAACACGGUGGCCGGGCGGAUAUAAUCAUCCAUGAACGGUCAGGGAAGCACACUGCUGCGGCAAUGCAGCACGGCUCAGAGCCCAUUAUUAUGGACCAUCUGGAUAAAAGGAGACCCGAGGGUGUAACUUAUGCCGAGAUCAAAAUGGCUAUGCUGAUAGCUGCAAGCGACAUCCCGUUCUCAUUUGCGGACGAGUACUACAAAUCCGUGAAGGAUAUGUUCCCGGAUUCAGCGAUCGCUUGCCAGUCCGCAAAUGGCGGAACAAGGGCUACUCAAAUAGUGAAAGAUGCCAUUGCCCCGGAAUUGGACAAGGAAGUGAUCGAACUGUGCCAAAACCAACCCUUUGGUCUGAUCUGUGAUGAAAGCACAAGCAGAAACACGGAUAAAGAGUUUGUGAUAUUGGCGAGGGUUUACGAUCCGAAAACUCAGGAGGUGGUGACGAAGUUUCUGCACAUGCCAGUGUGCGACGUUGGCACAGCACAGGACCUCUUUGAGUCACUGAACACAGUGCUAAGUGACAAAAAAAUUGACUGGAGAAACGUUGUGGCGUUUAAUAGUGACAAUGCCAGUGUCAUGAAGGGGAAGCACAAUUCUGUUGUCAGCAGAAUCAAAGACAUGCAGCCGUCCCUAAUUGACGUGGGAUGCAUCUGUCAUCUGGUCCAGCUGGCCACAGAAUGUGGCAUUGAGGCUCUACGCCAGCCUAUUGAAGACAUCCUCAGCAGUAUAUAUGCUCACUUUGACAUCAGUGCCCAAUGUUGUGAAAUCGUCAAAGAGUUUAUGGAGUUCACAGACUCCGAAACUCUGGAGCUACUCCGAUACUGUGCGACCAGCUGGCUCAGCUUGCUGACUUGCAUAAACCAGGUGCUCAACCAGUGGGAUGCACUGCAGGCAUAUUUUGCCAGUCAUGAGGAUGUGGAGAAGCCUGGCAAGGUGAAGAUGCUGGCAGAGCAUUUAACCAACAAGAAGACAAAGUUCUUCUUCCUCUUCCUCUCCCAGGCUCUGAAACCACUGGCAGACUUCAAUGUUAUGUUUCAGGCUGAAGGAGUGAUUGUUCACAGGCUGCACCGGGAGAUGACCAGCCUGGUGAAAAGAAUAAUGGGAAGAUUUUUCCCUGCCAGCCUUAUUGCUGAUGUCCCACUGAAAGACAUCAAGUUCGAGGAUGCCAGCCUACAGUUGCCAGACAGCGAACUCUUUCUUGGAGAAGCUGCACAAAGCCUCUUGGAGGACAACAUGGAUGAACUUUCCUCCUCUGUCCCAAUGAUGUUCAAGGCAGUGAGAGACUUCUUUGUAGCUGUGACCACAAAGAUGAUGACUACAUUCCCCCUCGACAACAUCAUCCUCCAAAACCUGACCGUGUUGGACCCAGAGUCACGGCAUCGAUUUUCCCCAAACUCAGUUAUAGAGCUUGGGAAAAGUCUGCCGCAGCUGCGAUUGGACCUGGAUAGCCUCUGGGAUGAAGUAGUGGCGUACCAAGUGCUUGGCAGGGAAGAUCUUCCUAAGGAAGCAAGGAUUGACCGGUUUUGGGCCAUGCUAGGGAGAGGUGGAAGAUUCCAGACUCUGCUGCAUUUGAUGAAGGCACUUUUGUGCGUGCCACAUAGCAAUGCAUCAUCAGAGAGGGUGUUCAGCAUGGUUAGAAAGAUAGUGACGGAGAAUAGAACGACUAUGGACAAUUCAACCCUUAACUCACUCCUUUCAUGCAAAUUAAAUUUCACAGGUGCUGCCCAUACCUAUGAUCCUUCAAGGGCUAUGCUCAUACUUGCCAACCGUCCCGAUUUUCCUGGGAGCGUCCCGAAUUUCAGUGACCCUCCUGAAAAUCUCCUGGGGCAACAAUUAUCACAAAUUUCUCCCGAUUUCCACCCGGACAACAAUAUUGGGGGCGUGCCUUUAAGUUAAAGUACCAAUCAUUGUCACACACGAGGUGUGGCGAAAUUAUUCUCUGCAUUUCACCCAUCACCCUUGAUCACCCCCUGGGAGGCAAGGGGAGCAGUGAGCAGCAGCAGCAGCGGUGGCCGUGCCUGGGAAUAAUUUUUUGGUGAUAAAACCCCCAAUUCCAACCCUUGAUGCUGAGUGUCAAGCAGGGAGGUAAUGGGUCCCAUUUUUAUAGUCUUUGGUAUGACUUAACUCUCUAAUUCUGAGGUCUCAAGGUUGGCAAGUAUGGCUGUGCUACUGGCUGCUAAGCAAUGCACUUUCAAAUACAACCACGGGUAGAGGAGUGUUGUGUGUGUGUGUAUAUGUGUAAA